CAGAAAUUGAUUCUCUCGGAAAAUGCCAUAUUUGACAUUCUUCCAAGCUUUUUCUACCACGCCAAUGAAGCAGUGAGGAGAGCAGCUAUAGAGGUAUUAAAGUAGCAAGACAUGUGACUGAAGAUACCAGCUGUUUAACCUCAUAUUUCUCAUUUUUCUUGCCAUCAUUUUCUAUCCCAUACGUUGUGAGUCGUGUUUAUCAUUGUCGUUUCACGAUGUUACAUAUGCAAGCAUCAUUUUGCCAAGCAAAUCAAUUUGGAACCAAACAGCCAAGGAAAUCUUACACACAACACUGAAUUUGUGGUUUUUCUGUUUUUUGGCAGGUUUACAUUAGGCGUAGUUAUCAAGCAUACGAGCUGACUACUCUUUAUCACGAGAAGGUACCUUCUUUCUCUUUUCUUUCUUCCCCGCCACAUAGUUAUUGUACAGUUAUGCUCGCAAUCAAUUUCCAUCAAGUCCAGUGACUGUCGUCUAAUGAGUAUCUGUAUUGGACCAAUGAGGGUAGGUCUUAGUUACCGACUGCAUGUGUUUAACUGUAUUCUACAGAUUGACGAUAAUGUCUUGGUCGUCCAGUUCCAGUUUAUACUUCCAAAUGCACAUCCAAACAGG